GUUAGGAUCGGGGUGGGAGGGGUUAACAGAACAGAACAGAGCUAGAGCCGGAGUGGACGUCGUAUGGCAGUGAGCGAACAAGGGAGGAAAAAUAAAAAUAAAAAUAAAAAUAAAUGUUACAUUAAGCGAUACACAUCAUCAUUUGUCUAUCAAAACACGACUGAAAAAGCCGAUGAAUCAGUCAAAAAAUCCGCCUCGCCGGACGAUUUAGUCGCACUUUGGGUGAGGUGAAUGCAGCACAGUCGGUGACUAAUCGGGAAGGUAUCGGUUAGAUAUCGCGGACAUCUCCUUGUGUGUCGGUUUGAUUCGGAGCCGAAAUAUCGGCGGGAUUGAAGAGCAGGAGGAGGAGGAGGCGGGGAGGGGGGUUUUAUCGACUGGUCGCUGAUAAUCGAUAAUAUCGUUAAGGCGGAUUAUCCCCCACCGUCCUCAGAAGAAGCCCCUUUCCUCCCUCCCCCCUCCUCAAUUCCCUGACCCUCUCCCGUCCACUUCCCCCCCAUCCUCCACUCCGGACCUCUCACUUCCUCAGGCAGCUGUACUUGGAAUCGGGGAGGAUGAAUAUCGAGAUCCCCCCCGGGCUGACGGACCUGCUGCAGGGCUACACGGUGGAGGUGCUCCGGAACCGGCCCUCCGACCUGGUGGAGUUCGCCAUCGAGUACUUCACUGAGCUGAAGGAGAAGGAGGAGCAGGCCGGCGGCAGGCGCAGGUUCAACAAUGACGACCCCAUGCAGACCGAGUCCAACGGCGACGAUGGUUCAGAGUCUGAUUCGGAGUCAGACUUUGAAGAACCAAUUAUUAACAGAUUAAACAGAAGGGUUUCAGUUUGUGCAGAAGCUUUCAACCCAGAUGACGAUGAUGAGGAGGAUACAGAACCAAGGGUUGUUUACCCAAAAACAGAUGAUCAACGAGCUAGAUUACAGGAAGCCUGUAAGGAUAUUGUUCUGUUCAAAAAUCUUGACCAGGAACAAAUAUAUCAAAUCCUUGAUGCAAUGUUUGAGAGGAAAGUUGAACCUUCAGAGCACGUCAUUGACCAAGAUGACGAUGGAGACAAUUUCUAUGUAAUUGAACGAGGUACAUAUGAUAUUUAUGUAAAUAAAGAUGGGAAGCCUCUACUUGUUGGUAAAUACGACAAUCAUGGCAGCUUUGGUGAGCUGGCACUAAUGUACAACACUCCAAGAGCUGCUACUAUUGUGGCUACCACAGAAGGAGCCCUCUGGGGUUUGGAUCGUGUCACGUUUCGAAGAAUAAUUGUGAAAAACAAUGCAAAAAGGAGGAGGACAUAUGAAACAUUCAUUGAAUCAGUCCCACUGUUGAAGUCCCUGGAGCUUUCAGAAAGAAUGAAGAUUGUUGAUGUACUAGGAGUGAGGACAUAUCAGGACAAUGAACUUAUCAUUGCACAGGGCGAUAAAGCAGACUGUUUCUUCAUUGUAGAAUCGGGUGAAGUGAAGAUCAUGAUCAAGAGCAAAACAUUGGCAAGUCAACAGGAUAAGACAGAAGUAGAGAUUGCCAGGUGUACCAAGGGGCAGUAUUUUGGAGAGCUAGCACUGGUUACCAACAAACCCAGAGCAGCUUCAGCAUACGCUGUUGGAGAAGUCAAGUGCUUAGUGAUGGAUAUUCAAGCAUUUGAAAGAUUGUUAGGCCCUUGCAUGGACAUCAUGAAGAGAAAUAUAGUGAAUUAUGAAGAACAACUUGUCUCCUUGUUUGGCACCAGUUUGGACUUGGAGAAUCCUGGUAUAUAGGCACAUUGUCAUCCAGUGCCUUUCACAUUGAUGAAAACGAAGUGAAAAUUAUCCACACACAAAUAAAACUCCCCACUGAAAAAAAAGCAGUAUAUGGGCAAAGCAGCAUUUUCUGGCUCUUUGCAUCCCAUGGGGUAGCUACCAUGUAAUGCUGAAAUACAUUACUGGCCAGACAGGGAUGGGAAAAUAAGUGGCAUAUGUUUGUUUCUGUUUUGUUAUCUGCCUUCUUGAGUUUAAAAGCAUUUAUUCUGUUUCUUAAUUUUUCUUUCAAAACCAAACAAAAUGUUGGUUUAUGAAUUAUCAAACUGAACAACAAAGACAAAUACUAAAUGUAACGUUUGAUAAGAUGAAAUUGAUGAGAUUCAGUGUUUCUUUGUUACUUAUAUAAGUAGGUGACCAGUUCUUGCCAAAAAAAUCUCCAAAAAAAAAAGAUUGUUGUAAAGCUUUGAUUGCUUCUGUGGUUUCACACUGAGUGUUACAUUGGAAAGUAUCUGGGAUAGGUUUUAAUGUUUCAUAUAAACCUUUAAAGAUCCCUGAAUUGUGUUAAAUGUAGACCACAGUAGCUGUUUUUUAAAUCAAGGGGUUUCUAAAAUGCAAGUUGUGCAUCCAUCAUGGGAAUUCAGCAUGGUUCAGGUCCAAAGUAUGAAGAUCAUCACAUCCUCUGGAUUAUUUCAAAAUCAACAAAGUGGCAAAAUUGUCAAUUUGCAGAAUUAGAGCAACACAACUGGAAAAGCAAGUCUCCAGUUUGUUGCUCCUAUGCGGUUAAUAACACAGAUGUGUUCGAAAAGCAGUGCUAUUCCUGUCUGUGCUAUUUUUUUGUGAAACCUUGUCAGGGUAAUACAAAGCUGCCAUUUGCAGUAACUCUUCUCAUCCCACCAGCCACCUACCCACACUUUUUUAUUGAGAUUUUUCAGCUGGCUUGGGUUGAAUUGUAUUUUUUUUAAAUGAAAGGGCCUUCUCAAGCACAGUGGUUACCUGAUAUACCUUGUGCAUGUUGCUUGUGACUGCCAUAGCUUGCAGUUUGCACUAUUAGACAAUUUCUACAAGAUGAAAAAAUGUGUGCUUUUGGUCUUUUGCUUCUAUUUUGUUAUUAAUAUUUGAGUUGUCUUUUUCUUUCCCCUCCUACAAUGCUUCCUGUAUGUAUAUGUCAGGAGGAAAGAGAUUCAGUUCACCAGACAGAUGUUCUGGAAUUGGCAUGAUUCUAUAAUGCAGGAAUCAUCUCUGCCCAAUUACUUUCCCUGUUUUUUUUUAACGCAGCACAAGCCACUCCUAUACACACCCUUCAGGGAAAUGUUGAGCAGACUAGUUGAGGUGAGCAUUGAGAUGGCAUAUUUCUAACAUAGAGCUCAAUCUAACAUUCAAAAGCCAUGGCAUGAUGAGCUGUAAUUAGGAAAAGCUGUUGAUUUAUUGUGUGACCAGAUCCAUUAACAGCUCUGUGCCACAGAACAGGAAUACCUGCAGUCAUUGAAUCAUGAAAAUGGUUAUUGCUGUUAAUGGAAUUUUUUUUAAGUUAAUGUGGUGUAACAAACUACAGUAAAGUGAUUGCAGCCACCAUUAUAUUCAGGAUCACAUGAUUUAUUUAAACUUCAAAUGGAGAAGUUCCUAGAUCUAAAGUUUAGAAAAAAUGAUUUAAAGUCACUUUUUAUCUUGUGUAUAUUUCAUCGACAAACCUGUUCACCCUGCAAUAAAUCUGAAAUAUUGCCAUAUGUUUUUCUAAACAGAGCACAGUCCUGAUAGACUCAGAAAUAUUGGUAAAAAAGCAAGAAGCUGCUGUGAAAAUUUACCAAACUCUUUUGUUUCUUGUAAUCCUAAUUGCAUAGUAAGCACUUGGCUUGACACCCUGUUUCUGGGUAUAACUCUCUAUUCUGUGUUGAAUCAACUCACCUGCACCUGCUUGCUGCUGGAGGUAUCAUUAGCAAGAGCUCAGCAACCCUGGGUUACAUGGAGGUGAGCCGGCUAUUGUUCUCACUCUUCAUUGCUAACUAGCUAAGAAUUGGACAUUCAUGUGCAUGACAGAGUCAUGUCUCCUGUUAGCAUUGAUUGCUGAGACUGGUGCAUGAUGAAUUGCCUCAAGGUUAUGGUCCUGUGGCAUCCUGUCAGGGAGUUGGUAUCUUCUGAUGAAGAGCAGGAGAAAGCAGGCAGGGGAACAUGAAUGAAAAUUAAAAGUUUAUUUAGUUUUGAAAGAGCUUGCUUUAGUAAUUCAUUUUCACUUUUGUGCAAGUUUGUGUUCUCAUCAUUUCACUUAGAUAUAUACCUACUGUAUUUACAAAUGAACUUAACUGGGGUCUGACAAUGUGACCAAUAUGGAGCAGACCCAGGACAUGAUAUGCUGGUCAAGCCUGAUUGUGAAGUGCUGGAUGACAUGAAUAAUGCAAGGUCACCUAAGUAGUUCUGGGUUUUUCUAUAAAACGGCAUAUUGUAAAUGCUUCACCAGGAGACUUCUGACACUGGCAGUUCAUCGUGAUGUUGGCGAUUUGAAGAUAUCAUUAUUCCUCAAGACAGGGUAGGUACGACAUGGUCAGUUCCAGCAUUGAAGUGUGUUUUUUAAGGCCAUAGUCUGUUAGUAAGAUUGGACCCCCCCCUAGAAGGAAUAAAUUAAAGACCAACUAAAUGUAGAGCAGCUGUUGAAGCACUCCAACUACAUUGUGAAUAAGUUUCUUAAAUAAAAUUUGGGGCUCUAA